AUGAAUUAAUAUAAUAUUAGAUCUAUGACUAUUUUGUUACAGUAACAUAAUAUAGAAAAAGUGGUUCAGAAAAUUGAACAUGAUUGCUAUGAAAGAAAUUCUAUUAAAUAGAAAUCAGAAUAAGAAGAUUCAGAUUUCUUUUUUUCUAAGCCAACUAAAAAAUCAAAUGGUUAUUAGAGUCAUAGAUAACCAAUGAGUGCUCGUAGUUUAUACUUUACUCCUAUGAAAUCUGUAAAAUAGAAUAGAUAAACAAACUUAUAAAAAGAAUUCAAUCAUUUUGAAGAUGGAAUUGAAUCUAUUGAUAGAGAUUAAUCUAAUCUUUUAACAGUUAUUCUAUAGUUAUAAGACCAAAUUAAACAAUAAAAAGAAUAAAUAGAAAAUUUGAAUUAAAAAUGUGCAAUGCUUGAAGCAGAAAAGGAUGAAGCAUUAAAACCAAAUAUUGAAUAAAUUACAAUUACUGCACAUCUGCUUUAAUAAAAUGAAUAACUUAUGUAAUAAUUAGCAAGAUUAAAGAAAAAAUAAUGA